AUGGGCACUGCAGUUGCAGAACGGCUCGUGAGAGACCGCUUGGCAGAGUUCCAGAGGCUGGCACAAGCAAAGGGUUCUUUGACGUCGACAGCGGGGAGUCGCGGUUUGUCAGGAACCAGCUUCAUCUCCGACCAUGGCACAGGCAGCAAGUCCACGAACCCUUUCGGUGCAGCCGGCACUGCGAGCUUCGGCGCAGAAGCCAACAGCUUCAUGAGGGGGUUCUUCACGCAAGUUCGAGAACUCCAAGGAUUGCUGGAAAAAGGCAGGAGCAACGUCAAGGAAAUGGGAGUCGUCCUUGAAGAGGCGCUCCAGGCAACAACCCAGGAGCGAGAAACGGAGGUUUCCGAAAGCCUCAACAAGCUUGUAGAGGAGACCAAUCAGCAUGUGGCCGAUGUGAAGCAUGGCCUAGAGGUUCUGAAGCAGCGCUCAGAGGACGAAGCUGCCAAGCAGCCAAACUCUGCGCAGAUGAAGAUCAGGACCAACAUGCAGCAGGCCAUGGCCAAGAAGCAUCAACAGCUUUUGAUGGACUUCCAGAAGGCCCAGAUGGAGUUCAAACGCACCCUUGAGCGUCGGCAGCUGCGCGAAAUGCAGAUCCUGAUGCCUGAGGCCUCAGAGCAGCAGCGACAGGAGAUGAUUUCAGACGGGCAGACUGCAGCACUCAUGGUGGCCAAAAAGAUGGCCGGCACCCAUGCCCUCCUCCUGGAUGAGGUGAAGCGCAUACAGGACAAGCACAAGGACAUUAUACGGCUGGAGCAGAGCAUCACUGACCUGGCACAGAUGUUCGAAGAGAUGGCUGUCCUCGUAGACGCGCAGGGUGAGAUGUUGGAUGCAAUCGAGGUUCAUGUGAACAACACAAAGGGGUACACUGCGCAAGCCGAGCAGGAGUUGAUCAAGACCCGGAAAGCACAGAUGCAGGGGCGAAAAUGGAUGUGCUGCAUUUCCAUUCUGAUUUUAAUUGUUCUACUCGUGAUCCUUGGGCCGAUUCUCAUCAGAUAG